CACGAUCACGCAAUCAAAGGCUUGUGGUCUGUUCACAUGAGUGCAAACGCUGUACCGUCCUUGGUUGGCCAUUGAUCAGCAAGUGUCGUUAUAGUUGUUGUGGCACUAUCUGUUGACUGUCAAGCAAUCCUCUUUUGGAUGCUUGGAGGUCUGCUCGAGCUCUUCCAUGCAGUGUGUCGAUUGGCAGUAAAUACUGUGAUCAUAGUAGUAUGAGCAGAGGAUAUUCUGUAACCACUCUUCUCUGCUUCUGCGCGUUGAGCUUCAUCUUUGGACGAUUUGUACAAGAAAUACCUGGACUACCACAGGCACCUAGUGGGUUCACUAAGGCGGGUCUGAGACAGAGCCAGAGCCAGCCUUCGCGGCGGCAAGCCAUAGAGAAGCAGUCCAAGAAUGGGGAGCCUGGAGAGGUUGCACCGGGCACGGAGCCUUUGUUCACCACAUUUGAGGAGGCACUUGCUGCUACAAAAGCGAUUCAAAGAGCACCUUCUGUGAAAGGUGCAGAGUCUGGCAAUGACUUUUACUCAGUCCAACCUCAGCAGCUCAUCAGCUGGUACCCUAGAAUAAUACUAUAUCCUGGGUUCAUAGACCCGGAGCGCUGCAAGCACUUUGUGAAAGUUGCAAAGGCAAGACUGGCGCCGUCAGGUCUUGCCCUGCGCACGACCGAGGGGCCGCAGGAGACGGAGAAUGUGCGGACGAGUCAAGGGACCUUCAUGAGUAGGAAGGAUGACCCAGCAGGCGUCAUAGCGUGGGUGGAGGAGAAAGCUGCGCAGGUCACUGGACUGCCGGUGUCGCAUGGAGAGCCCUUCAAUGUACUUCGCUAUCAGGACGGCCAACACUACGAUAGCCACUACGACAUUUUUGAGCCGGAAUCUUACGGUCCUCAGCCAAGCCAAAGGAUGGCUACCAUUCUCUUUUACCUGACAGAUGUGGAAGAGGGAGGCGAGACAAUCUUCCCGCUGGAGGGCCGAUACGGCCCAGAUCUAUUGAAAAUGACAGGAUUCAAUUACAAGUCUUGUACCACAGGUUUCAAGUACAAGCCCCGCAUGGGAGAUGCUCUCAUGUUUUAUUCCAUGCACCCCAAUGGAACCUUCGACAAGCAUGCACUGCAUGGCGGCUGCCCUGUGAUGGCUGGAGAGAAGUGGGUGGCAACAAAGUGGAUCAGAGACAAGUGCUUCACACCGCCCUGUCUGUGA